UCCAUUACUCCUCUGAAAUGGAGAGCUGGCACUUGCAAAGUUGCACCGGGAAAGCGGAAGAGCAGUGUGUGUGAUCACGGACGCGGGGAGCUGAGGGAGCACACGCACACCGCCCGUGGUCUGCAGACCCAGUCCAUCGAAAACUCCGAACGGGAAACGUGUGCACCGUUCCGGCCGCAAAGUCGACUCCCGGUGCUCUGCAGCCUCCAAUUAGAGGCGGCUGCGCUCGGAGAAACUUCGUCUGCUGGAAACUUGGGACGCUGACUUACGAGAGAGGCCGUACUUAGGGGUUUUGCGGGCCCCGCGAUGUUUUCCAGAGCUUUUCAAGUGGGAAGAGAAGAGCGACGAAAGGAAAAUGCAGCGUGUGGGGGAGCCCACCCGAGUCCCGCCAGCUGCCGCGCGCUGAGGUCCGCCGCUUCUCCUAGCAUGACUGCCAUCUGAUCAGCAACCACGAGAAUUUGACUCCUGUGUCUGGCGCCGUGGUGCUGGGGCCUGGUCACUGCCCACAACUACAGAGCCGCCAUGGCUACCGCCUCCACUGCCACCCCUCUCAUUUCACAGCCCCAGUUCACAGCCAUGAAUGAACCACAGUGCUUCUACAAUGAGUCCAUCGCCUUCUUCUAUAACAGGAGUGGGAAGUAUCUCGCCACAGAAUGGAACACAGUCAGCAAGCUGGUGAUGGGGCUUGGGAUCACCGUCUGUAUCUUCAUCAUGUUGGCCAACCUCCUGGUCAUGGUGGCCAUCUACGUCAACCGCCGCUUCCACUUUCCUAUUUAUUACUUAAUGGCUAAUCUGGCCGCUGCAGACUUCUUUGCCGGGUUGGCCUACUUCUACCUAAUGUUCAACACGGGACCUAACACUCGGAGACUGACUGUCAGCACGUGGCUCCUCCGGCAGGGCCUCAUCGACACCAGCCUGACGGCCUCGGUGGCCAACUUGCUGGCCAUUGCGAUCGAGAGGCACAUCACCGUUUUCCGCAUGCAGCUCCACACGCGGAUGAGCAACCGGAGGGUGGUGGUGGUGAUCGUGGUCAUCUGGACCAUGGCCAUUGUUAUGGGGGCCAUUCCCAGUGUGGGCUGGAACUGCAUCUGCGAUAUCGAACAUUGUUCCAACAUGGCACCCCUCUACAGUGACUCCUACCUGGUCUUCUGGGCCAUUUUCAACUUGGUGACCUUUGUCGUCAUGGUGGUUCUCUACGCUCAUAUUUUUGGCUACGUUCGCCAGAGGACUAUGAGAAUGUCUCGGCACAGUUCUGGGCCCCGGCGGAACCGCGACACCAUGAUGAGUCUUCUGAAGACUGUGGUCAUUGUGCUCGGUGCCUUUAUUAUCUGCUGGACCCCUGGACUGGUCUUGUUACUUCUCGAUGUGUGCUGUCCACAGUGUGAUGUUCUGGCCUAUGAGAAAUUCUUCCUUCUGCUCGCUGAGUUCAACUCUGCCAUGAACCCCAUCAUCUACUCCUACCGCGACAAGGAGAUGAGCGCCACCUUCAGACAGAUCCUCUGCUGCCAGCGCAGUGAGAACACCAGUGGCCCCACGGAAGGCUCCGACCGCUCAGCUUCCUCCCUCAACCACACCAUCUUGGCUGGAGUUCACAGCAAUGACCACUCCGUGGUUUAGAAAGGAAACGAAGAGGAGAAGCCAGCAUCAUCUAUUGAGGGAUGAAGAGCCUCCCCUACCCAAAUGCCUGGGCAAGGUGUGGGGUGUGAGAGAGAGAGAGAGGAAAAACAAACUCAUGUACUUAAACACUAACCAACGGCAGUAUUUGUUCCUAGACCCAACAAGACUUGAUAUAUGUUGAAAAUUAGCUUAUGUGACAACCCUCAUCUGGAUCCCCAUUCCCUUUGAAAGUAGACAGUGGAGCUCUUAUAAUGGAAUUCGUAGAUAGACUCUGGAGUGUCCCUUUAGAGAGAUGACACUAACUAGACUUCAAAAGAUUUUGUGUGGUUUGGUGCAAGUCAGAAUAAACGCUGACUAAUGGAAUCCACAACUUCAUUUACAUACAGGCUUCCCUUUUUUAUUUUUAAAGGAUACAUUUCAUUUAAUAAACAUGUUUAUGCCUAUCA